GAUGAAAGCCUAGAAGUUUCCCGUGAACGUUCCCUGUGAAGAUUUUCCCUCUAUUUAUAUUCGACAGUAGACAGGAUUCCCAUUUUCACAACAAACUUCCGUUUACCUCAUAUAUUUCCAUCUUCUCUCUUUUGGAUUUUCGGAUCUCUCGCUGAAAGCGUUCGGUUUUGGAUUUAGAAUUGGAAGUACAGCCAUGGAUGCAUUCACGUCGUUCUUCGAUUCUCAAUCUCAAUCGGCUUCUCGCUCCGGUUGGAGCUAUGAUUCUCUCAAGAACUUCCGCCAGAUCUCUCCUCGCGUCCAGACCCAUCUCAAGCAGGUCUAUCUCACCUUAUGUUGCGCUCUGAUUGCUUCUGCUGUUGGGGCUUAUCUCCAUAUCAUGUGGAACAUUGGCGGCCUUCUCACUACACUCGCAUGUGUUGGAAGCAUGGUUUGGCUUCUGUCGAUCCCUCCUCAUGAAGAGCAAAAGCGGGUUGCUUUGUUAAUGGCGGCUGCAGUAUUUGAAGGGGCUUCUGUUGGUCCUUUAGUUGAUUUGGCUAUUGAGAUAGAUCCAAGCAUUUUGAUCAGUGCAUUUGUUGGGUCUGCGGUGGCCUUUGGUUGUUUCUCGGCGGCAGCAAUGUUAGCCAGGCGCAGGGAGUACCUCUACCUAGGAGGCCUCCUGUCCUCUGGUCUCUCAAUCCUCAUGUGGUUGCACUUUGCCUCGUCCAUCUUUGGGGGAUCUGCAGCAAUCUUUAAAUUCGAGUUAUAUUUCGGCCUGUUGGUGUUUGUGGGCUACAUGGUGGUGGACACCCAGGAUAUGAUUGAGAAAGCUCAUCUUGGAGAUCUUGACUACGUGAAGCACGCCCUCACCCUUUUCACUGAUUUUGUAGCUGUUUUUGUCAGAAUCCUCAUUAUCAUGUUGAAGAACUCGAAUGAGAGGACCGAGAAGAAGAAGAAGAGAAGAGAUUGAUAAAUCUCUUGGAGUUGCCGACUGGUGGGAGGUUUGAGAGGGUGAAGGUGGCUUUUGCAUGAAUCAAACUAGUUGUCUAUAAAUAAGUUUUCAUUUCACGCCUGUUUUUUUCUCUUUCCUUUUAAAGCCUGAGAACUGAACAUCAUGUGUUAGGCGUUGGGUGUAGUUAUUUGGUAGGUGGUGUUGGCAGGGGUUGUGUGAUCAAAUGCUUGAAAACAUUAACUGUUGAUUUGGCCCUCUA